AUGAAGAAGAGAAAACAAUACUUCUUUCUUACAAACAUCAUACGGGCGGAUAAAAUAAAGGGGAAGAGACAGGAGGAGCACAAGAAGCGUCGUCCCUUCCGCUGCAAUGACUAUGACGCAAAGGAUAUUGUCAUUCUGGAGGGACUGGAAGCAGUGAGAAAGAGACCUGGUAUGUACAUCGGAAACACAGACGUGAAAGGACUACACCAAAUAUUGUUCGAAAUUAUUGACAACUCGGUCGACGAAUAUAACAACUUUGAGUGUAAUGAAAUUAAAAUUGUUCUUCACGAAGACGACAGUAUUACGAUAGAAGACAAUGGAAGAGGCAUACCCUGUGACAUUCAUGAGAAGACAAACAAGUCGGCUCUAGAAACGGUCCUGACUCUUUUACAUUCCGGGGCGAAGUUUGUCGAUGACGAAGCUGCGACGGAGUUGGCGGGAAGAACCUGCAUGGGAGGCCUAAGCGCUGAAGUCGCGGAAGACGAACGGGGUGCAAAGGGGCAGAAGAAAGGAUAUUCGAAGCCCAUGGCAAAGGUGGUGGAAAAGAUGGACGAAAAAAAUUCGCAAAAGAAAAACCCAAAGGAACCAUCCCAAAAAAGUGCAUCCCAAAUGUACAGAUUCUCGUCCGGCCUCCAUGGAGUCGGUCUUUCCGUUGCCAACGCCCUGAGCAGCUUCAUGAAAGUGAAGGUUUUUAGAGGGGGCAAAAUUCACAGCAUCGAAUUGGAAAAGGGAAAAGUAGUAACCCCGCUAUUUGUUCGGGACUGCCCAGUUAGAAAGAGAGGAACACAGAUACAUUACAAGCCAGACCACAGCAUAUUUAAGAACACCAUCAGGCAUAACGCGGAGCUGAUAAAAAAUAGGAUCCACCAACUGGCCUACCUGAAUGACAGGCUCAGUUUCUACUUUUACGAUGAAAGGGCGGCUAAGAAAGCUGCAGCGUCAGUUCAUUUGCCCAAGGGGGGGGAUGCUGUGGACGCGGUAGACGCGACAGACGCGGAGGAGAAAGGAACGACCGUUGCUGUAGACACUGCGGAAGAAAAAACGACUCAUGCUGUGGACACCGCGGCGGAGCACAACAAUCUGGAUUUCUACCCCUACGAGGUGAUAAAGCACGAGGGGGGGCUAAACGAGUACAUGGAAAGCUUAACGAAAAAUAAAGUAAGCCUGUUCAAAGACAAUAAUAAAAUUAUUAGCAUCUCUUGUCACCAGAAAAAUGUCCAUAUCGAUUUAAGAAUGAAAUGGUCGCAAGGUCAGUACCAUGAAUACAUCAUCAGUUUUGUGAACAAUGUAAACACUACCGAUGGAGGGACUCAUGUAGAUGCAAUGAAAUAUGCCAUCAGCAGGUGUGUAAAUUUUAAUAUAAAAAAAAACGAGGCAACAAAAAAUUUUCUUAACAUCCCAGGAGAGUACAUAAGGGAAGGAAUGACAGCCAUUUUGUCGAUCAAAAUGAAUAACCCAGAAUUUGAGGGGCAGACAAAAACUAAACUCGGUUCCCACUUCUUAAAGCCCAUUUUGGAAAGUGCCAUUUUUGAGAAACUGUCUGAAAUUUUCGAUUUCGAACCGAAUUUGCUCAACACAAUUUAUUUGAAGGCUUUACAGGCUAAGGCAAGUGAUGAGGAAGCCAAGGCGGCGAGAGAUUUAAUCAGGUCUAAAAAUAGUCAGUAUUAUUCGACCAUAUUGCCAGGAAAAUUAGUUGACUGCAUAAGUGACGACAUAAAUCGUAAUGAAAUUUUCAUCGUCGAGGGAGACAGUGCUGCAGGAAGUGCUAAACAAGCCAGGAACAGAGAAAUACAGGCGAUUCUUCCCCUUAAGGGAAAAAUACUUAACGUAGAAAAAAUUAAAAAUAAUAAAAGGAUAUUUGAAAACUCAGAAUUGAAAUCUCUAAUAACGGCCAUCGGCUUGAGCGUCAGUUGUGACAACACCAAAAUGACCAAGGGGAAAAAUAUGCUCAAUAAUAAAAAAAAAGAUCUCAAGAAAAAAUAUGAUUUAAAAAGUUGCAAGAAAGAAAAUGUACAAGUUAACAACACAAUGGUAAAUAAAAAGAAAAAUCCGCUUCUUGAUACCCCACCUUUAAGGUAUGGAAAAAUUAUCAUCAUGACGGAUGCCGACGUCGAUGGAGAGCACAUACGAAUACUGCUCCUAACCUUUCUGUACCGAUUUCAGAAAGAUAUUAUACAAAAUGGAAAUGUCUAUGUUGCAUGUCCACCCUUAUACAAAGUCACAUACAACCGAUUUUUUGACAGCACUAUAAAGGAAAUAGUAAUGAAACAGUUUAACGUGAGUACGAGGAAUUCUAAGACUCUUAUCCAUACAUACUCAGAUGACGAAUUAAAUGUGCUACUGGGACUGUUGGACAAGGAUAGAUCUUCUCACGCUGAACAUUGGAGCUUCGAAUUGGGAAAGGGAGGGCCUGGCCGUGGGGGCAACAUCCCAAGUGACGAACAUCGCAGCGGUCUGGCCACUUUGGCUAAUUUGAAUUUCGGAUACAACAGCGCCGACGAGGUGACGCAGAAGGGGGGUCUCAACACGGACGAUACAAAUGCCGCGCGGACUGGCAACACUGCCAACACUGCCGACACCGCGAUUGGCACUUCCCACCUCAGCGGUAACGCAUUUUUUACCUUCUCCAAACGGUACGAAAUACAACGGUUCAAGGGGCUCGGGGAGAUGAUGGCUGACCAACUGUGGAGCACCACCAUGGAUCCGCGCGUGCGGAAGCUGAUUAGAGUGACUGUCAACGACGCCAUGCGGGCCAACAAUUUGAUUUUCUCCCUCAUGGGGGAGGACUCCAAGUUGCGCAAAAGCUUCAUUCUGGAGAAUUCGCCCGCGCCAGGGUGA